GUUGGCGGGGGCGCAUUGCUUGGCCUCGCCCUCCUGGAUGCUCCUCCUCUGCCGUGCCGGUGCCGCUGCUGCCGGCACGUUCUUCGCAGGGGCUGGUUGGUGGAGCGGAGCCGUCCGUUUCCCCACUUUGCGCCCGAAACUGAGCGCGGCCGCCGUUCGGGCCGAGUCCUCCGUGCGGGCUGCCGCCGCGGUUAUGAAGCACCUGCCGUAUUUCUGCCGCGGGGAGGUGGUGCACGGCUUCGGCCGCGGCUCCAAAGAGCUUGGCAUCCCGACAGCUAACUUUUCUGAGGAAACAGUUGAGAAUUUCCCUUCUGAUAUCCCUACUGGUAUAUACUACGGAUGGGCUUCAGUUGGAGGUGGAGAGGUGCAUAAAAUGGUCUUGAGUAUAGGCUGGAAUCCAUAUUACAAGAAUGUUAAGAAAUCUGUGGAAACACACAUCAUUCACUCUUUCAAGGAAGACUUCUAUGGAGAAGAUCUUAGUAUAAUAAUUCUUGGCUACAUAAGACCUGAAAAAAACUUUGAUUCUUUAAGUGCCCUCAUAGCAGCUAUUCAAAAUGAUAUUGAAGAAGCAAAAAAAACUCUAGACUUGCCAGAACAUCAAAAAUAUAAAGAUGACAACUUCUUUCACAUCCCGGGAAGCAAAAUAGUUAAUGGCCAUUGAGUAAAUUGUACUAAUCUUAAACAAUUACCCUUAUUUAGAGAAAACUGUAGUAACUUAGUUCUUUUAUGGCUUAGAAUUUUCUACUUGUAUUACAAUUGAAUCAAAAUGGUUAGCCAGCCAUAUUGAACCAACAUUAAGUUCUUCUCUUAAAAAACAAAAACAGCAUAUUGUUACCCGGCAUGUUGGAAUCUACUCAAAGGUUUCAUUGCAUGUAAUGCGAUGUGUAUAAACUGUUACUAUUAUUGACUUAUCUGAGGCUUGGCAAAUGUUGAUCCCCUAAAUUCAGAGAACACAAGUUCUUUCUGAAUUUUUUAAAAUUAUAGCUGCCUGGUCUGAAUUAAAUUCAGUUUCUGAUUUUAGAGAUCAAAGCAGUUAUGCUUCUUGUAGCAAGAGAAACCCAAGAGAAAUAUAGAGGGGACACAAAUCGUUCAGCAGGGCAUUCUUUUUGGAUCUUAGGUUUGUAAUUGUCAGAAGUAUUUCUGGAGAUUGAUGGAGCUUAUUUAACUGCCCAUGAGUAAUACUGAGUAGACUCGUCCUGAUUUCAAGAGAAAUCUUUUAAUAUAAAAAUACUGUUUAAAUCUUAACCCUUAUCUAAAUAUACUUGUUUUAAUUCAUGGAAUUAUGGAAUGUUUUGUCCAGUCUCAUUCUUUAUGAAUCUACUUGAUACAGCUUUGAUACAAAACUUACUCUAAUCCGAUAAAAGCUGACUUUGAAUUGUCUCUUUAUUCCACAUGGAAGAAGUGGCAAACACAUGUCUGGGAGUUGGCGGGAAUAACGGUUAGAGUGUCAUAUUUGGACCAUGGAGAGAAAGGUUAAGUUCUCCACUCUGCCAUGAAACUCAGCAGGUGAUCUUGGGCCAGCCACAGUGUUGUGAUUUAACCUACCUCAUAGGGAGGUUCUGUUGUAAAACAGGACAUGGUGGAUCACGUAUGCUGCUCUGAACUCCCCGGAGGAAGGGUAAUAGAUGGACCUGCUGCUAUCUUUUGCUAUUACAAGAAAUGUUUCUCUUGGUGCAACAUGGUAAGUGUGCAGAAGCACUGAUUAUCAGCCCUGCCUGACUUUGGAAUGUGAAAGUGUAGCUGGUAUUUAUGAUUGGACCACUCCAUAAAAAGCAGAUGUAAGAAAAGGUAGGAAAAGCAGGAUUUUCCUAUUCCAGGAAAAACUAAUUUUGCCAAUAAAAUAGACUAUUGCUACAUGCUGCCCCUCUUAGGAGAUGCAUACUGCCCAAAGUCAGGACCCUAUGCAAGUGGAGCCCCCUUACCUUGGUUGUAGUUGCUUACAACUCCUAAGCCUUUUUGAACACUUACUCUGGAAUAAAGUUUUUUGAGCUCCAGAGCCAGUGCGGUGGUGUGGUUAAGAGUGUUUGACUAGGAUCUGGGAAACCCAGGUUUGAAUCCUCACUCUGCCAUAGAAGCUCACUGGGUGACCUUGGGCCAGUCUAACUUACCUUCACAGGUUGUUGUGAGGAUAAAAUGGAGGAGGGGGGGGGGAUAAUGUAAGCUGCUUUGGUUCCCACCAAGGAAGAAAAGGUGGGGCAUAAAUGAAAUAAAUAAAUUAGUUUUUAUAUUUAUUUACAAUAGCACAUACGGACAGCUUACUCCUUUUCCAUGCUUUCUCUUUACUUCUCUGUUCAGGCCAUCACUUCAUAGACAGCCUUCACUUAAGUUUAUCUCAGUUUUUCUGGCAGCAUUCCUUAACAACAAGAUGCUUCUAGCCUUGACUGCUAGAGAAUUCUCAGUCAAAACAAAAAAUAGGCAUCUUGGGGAAAUCAAAGAAUGAAAAUGAAAUAGCUCAAAAGACACUGUGUUCUUCACAAGACAAGAACUAUCAAAUAAAAAGGUCAUUAGGCAUCAGUCACAUCAAAGUAAAAAGUCUCAAGGUUAGCAUAUAUUAAUCUUUUAAAAAUUCUUAUUCUGUAUCAAUAUUUCCUUUAAUAAGUGGUUACAGUGUAUUUUUUGUCAAAUUAUCAUGAAUUAAAGUUUUGAAACUUUUAUAUUAAACAUGCUCAAAAUCAAUUUAUAAAAAUCAGGCUGCUAAGCACAAAGUGAGGUUGCACCUCUGCACAUUUAAGACUGAGACCAAAAAUGGUAGACUAACUUUAAAGUUGGUAGCUACAUUUGUUUCUCCCUUAUCGGACAGUUUGCCCCUUGUGCUAAUAAUCACAAGGAAAUGCCUGUUACCGUCUUGUUGAAAUGUUUGUGAAUCUAAGAGUGGCAGUUCAAAAUGUUAUAACCUUAUUUUAAAUUAUUUUUAUCUAGUGUUGUUGCUCAUCUACCCCUGCCUGUGGCAUAUAGUUUUGUAUAUCCUUAUCUCACACUACACUGGGUUCUGGAGCUGAUACAAACAAGUCUCUUGCACUGUUUCUGCUGCCAACAAAGCAGCAUCUUAACUCAAGUGAGGGGAACAUGUAUCUCAUGUGAUGCUGAGUCUUUGCCAGAGCUUUAAGAAACUUGAAAAUGAAUGUCUGGAGGCUUGCCUGGCGAUGACUUAUUAAAAGUUAGUGGUUGGAAGUAAGCAUGGAGCAUGAUUAUACCUUUGGGAAUCUGAAUGCAUUUGUUCUUCCCUGUGUGUUUCAUUAGUCUUGUUUUAUUUUGGAAAACUGGUGCCUUGUGAUAUAGCUUAUUUAACUGGUUGUGAGCCCAAGCCUAGGCAUCAUAACUUUAGAGAAUUCAGUAGGGGGAAAGCACUUCAGCUUUUCACAAAAUCAGUAGCCAAACUAUGAACCAGAAAUAUAGGUUGUAAAUGAAAUCAAGGACACGUUAUAGAAUUCUGCCUUUAUAUAUGAAUGUAUGUAUUUAUAAAAUGAUCACUGUAAUUGUUAUUAAAGGUUUUCUUUUUGUACUCAUUUCAGUGAAAUAAAGUACAUACUAGUGUAUAUGUA